UUUAAAGAUUUAAAGCAUUUUUUAUAACUUUCAAAACUUCAUUAUGGACCUCUCAGGUUCUUUGCCUCCACCCUCCCCAUACACCUUCCCUAUCCUCCCCAAUGCCUCUGUGCCUUCCACCUCUCCCUCCAUCUCUCCAUCACCCAGCCUGGCAUCCACAGCUCUGUUCUGCUCGCUCCUCUCCCUCCUCUCCCUGCUGGGCAUCACAGGAAACCUGUACACUUUAGGCCUCCUUCUGAGGCGCAGGAGAAGCCGGAGAAGACGUGGAGCGGGGCUGACCUGCUGCCUGACGAGAGUACCCAUACCGUUCUGCCUCGCCAACUCCUCCUCCCCUUCCGCCUCCCCCUUCUCCUCUUCUUCCUCCUCCUCCUCUCUUCACCUCCAGGUGCUGAGCCUCGCUCUUGCUGAUCUGCUCUACCUUUUCACCGCUCCCUUCAUCGUGUAUGACAGCCUGGCGUCUGGCUGGGCCUUUGGUGAGCUGGGCUGCCGCCUCCUCCUGAGCCUGGACCUCCUCACCAUGCAUGCCUCCAUCUUCACCCUCACCGCCAUGAGCCUAGACCGCUACCGGGCUGUGGCUCAUCCCCUUCACACCUCCUCCACCAACUCCUCCGGCCUGCUGCGUGUAGGCCUGGCCUGGGGGCUGGCUGUGGCUCUCAGUCUGCCUAUGAUGAUCACCCUGCACCUGGAGGACGGGGAGAACCAGGAGGGCCAGCUGUGUGUCCCAGCCUGGGACGAGCAGAGCUCCAAGGCUUAUCUCAGCGUGCUGUUCUGCACCAGCAUCCUUGGCCCUGGGCUGGCCAUCGGAGCACUUUAUGCCACUCUGGGACGUCUUUACUGGGUGUCUCAGACCCGGCCAGCCUGGGCAAGCGGGAGCAACAGCGCUUGUCCUCCCCGUGCUCCCAAACCCAAAGUCCUGCUCCUCAUCCUGGGCAUUGUCCUAGCCUUUUGGGCCUGCUUUCUCCCUUUCUGGAUCUGGCAGUUGCUGCCUCUGUACCAGCCCGACAUGCUGCGGACGGUACCAGUAGGGACACAGGUGACAGUGAAUCGUAUCCUCACAGGGCUGACCUAUGGAAACUCUUGUGUGAAUCCAUUUUUCUACACGCUAUUGACUGGAAAACGACAACGCAACCGGCAGACGCUGACAUCAGCAAAUCAGCUCUGCCGCAAGAGCAGUCCACUGCAGUAGUGCUGUGUCUCUCAGUCUCUCAGUGCGUGUCAACAAUAAUAGAGACAAUAAUGUGAGUGUGUACAUAUAUGUGACUUUAGCAGUAUGCAAAUGUAUGAAAACGUACUGUACAUGAAUGAUUUAUGAGUAACAAUAGGCACCAAAGACCAUUGAUUUAGGAACCAGAACUAUACUAAACAAAUGAUAGCACUUUGUAUACAUGCUUUGUGACCAGACAAUAUUUCCUAUUAGGAGAUUAAAUAUUAAUAAUAUUUGGGUUUUACCAGUGAAGAAAGACAAUCUCUGUACCACGUGUCACCUAACUGAUGCUUUCUCUGCAGACUAUUUCCAAACUUGGGGGGUUGUAUCAAAUAAUUGCUGUAGUAACCAACUUUACACAUUGAUAAUUUUGUUUUAAAGGUUUUAUUUAUUGAUAUAUAUUUGUCACUGUGGCAAUGCCUUACAAUGUCUUCUUUUUUUUUUUUUUAUCAAAAGUGGUUACUACAGAAAUUUAUCACACCAUUUAACCCAAAUCAACAGAUAAGGACAGAGGGGAUGGUUUUAUUUUAUAAAGAAAACUUUUCUCCUUCAGACAAAUCUGUGCUACAUAAAAUCAAGAGAGCAGAGUUUAUGUCGAAUGUUGCACAUGCACAAGCAAUUUCAGUAAAACCCUGAUGCACUUCUGCUCGUAUCAAAGAAAAUGUUUGUUUUCGAACAAAUGGUUGUAACUGGUCAGAACCUCAUUGAGACAUAUUUCUAAGACAUUGUUUGUUGACAUAAUGAAUUAUAUUUGAGUGGGUCAACAGUCUUUUGUUUGCUUCCCUUGAACCCUGACAUAUCUGAAACAACUCACUUUUUUUUUUAUAAUCAUGACCUGCAUGUUGGGUUUGAAAGUGUACUGAUGACUAUGAAUCAUGCAAUGCUUUGCAUGGCCUCAACUUUGGUUGACUGUAACUGAUGUUUAUAAUGACGCAUAAUAUAUAGCCAUAAAUAAAGAGGAUGCUUUCUGUAA